AUAAAUCAAUGGAGGAGAUACUAAAAGUUGCACAGAUUAUAUUGUUAUAUUUUUUGGGUGGAUAUUAGUUCAAAUGAAUGUGAAUAUUGCAUGCAUUAGUAACACACAUUAUGGAGCACUUACCGUGUGAUUUAUUCUAAUAAACAAUCCUGCAGUAAGAAAAAAAACCUUUCCCACCUCAGUUUACACGUCUGAGAGUACACAGAACAUUAAAAAACAUACUGAGUGACAGUGUUAGCCACAGUUUAACGUUUUGUUACAGUUCCUCACUACGAGCACAAGAGGGUAGUAAACACAUUAUUUCACAAUCCAUGCAUUAUGAUGAUGCUUUGGACUGUAUUGUUACCUUUUUAUGACAAUAUCUGCAACCAAAUAUUCAGAUGUAUUGUAUGAAUUGAUCUGUUUCCUGUGUGUGUCCUACCUGUACUAUACCAGUGCUGAACACUUAAGGAGGAGCACAGAGGGAAUCCUCUUAACCAGGUAAUCUCUGCACCCAUCUGCUGUCACAGUCAUCCACCCAGCUAGUCUCGGUCAGCCAGCACAAGUGGAGACCAUGCUGGUGUCUCCUCAGGCAGAGAGGAACUGGGAGGAUAUAUGUUUAGUGCUCGAAGAUGUGCUGGAGGACCAGUCCCACAGGCAGCUGUUCGCCUUAGAGCUGGGCUCUGGAACCGGGCAGCAUGUCAUACGCUUUGCCCAGAAACUGGCAUUUGUCACCUGGCAGCCAUCAGACAUCAAAGAAGAUUACCGGGACAGUAUUAAGGCAUAUAUUGCUGCAACCCAUGCAAAGAAUGUGCUGCAGCCUGUCCACCUGGAUGCCAGCGAACCGUGGGAGCAAUGGGCAGGCCUUCCUCGCAACUCCUGUGAUCUGAUUCUUGCCAUUAACUUAAUGCAAUACAGCACCUUCAAAACAGCACAGGGUAUUUUUAAUGGAGCAGGUCAGAUCCUCAGGCAAAAUGGCCUUCUGAUAACGUAUGGGGUGUAUGCUAUUAAUGGAACUAUUACACCAAGUUGUAAUGAAGACCUGGAUGCAGAGCUUCGUAAACAGAAUCCAGAGUGGGGUCUUCCAGACAUCGACGUGUUGAGACAGUUGGCCUAUGGGAACGGGAUGCGUAUGGAGAGGAUGAUUGAGAUGGAAGAAUAUUACAAAUGCAUUGUCUUCAGAAAACUUUAAAGAAGGCAAAAGAAGAAUUAUUUUAUUUAAUUUACUUAAAUUCCCAGUGUAUAACAUUUAUUAAGGUCUAUUUGCAGAAAUGGAAUGUAAUAUUUAUAAGUAUGUUUUCAUUAGUGUAACCACCUGAAUAUAGGAAACAGUAUGUUUUGUUACCUUAGAAUGAGCCUUUUAUAUCUACAAACGCUGCGGUCCACCUUCCAUGGAGGCCACUAUAUUUCUACAGUAGCCCAGGAGGACAAACCAAACACUGGCUCAAGAUAGGGCUGUUCACAGGUUUUUUUUUUGCACGUUUCUGGCCCCACCUGUAGUUUCUCCCGGCUUGAAAUGGGAGGGUGAAGCGAGGGAGUUGUAAUCUGCAACAAUACCGCAAGAUGCCACUAAAUGUCACACACCGGACCUUUACGCACAUACAAUAAGGAAUAUGUUAAAGCACAUUUAUUUUGAUCGUAUCACUUAUCAUUGUAGUGUUAUGGAAAGGAAAACUGAAAACCCCAAUUACUGAUGUAUGAAUGUGACAUGAAACACUGUUUACGUGAAUAAAAGUCAUCAUAUGAC